AAGAUCGCAGAGCAGCAACGAUGAAGGCAGCUAUUAAAUAACGAAUCGGAUGGCCUCAGCCCCUCCAAUCCCUGAACCAGAUAUCGAAGAUGGUAUCACUUAUUGGACUACUCAGCCAGCAAGUCUAGAUGGUGUUUUGGGUGGUUUUGGUACCGGAUCUUUACCUCGCGUUGAUGCACUCGGUUCCCGUCAGUUUCUCCUCAGUCUUCGCCCCGAUCUGUGCACCGUUCCAUCUGCAAUCCGGCCGCUUUCUUCUCCAUCAUCUUCUAACCCGGAUACGAAGCGCAUAAGAGCUUUGGAUGUUGGAGCAGGCAUAGGUCGAGUCACAGCAGACGUCUUACUUCAUCUCGUAUCAGAUGUAGUCCUUUUGGAACCGGUCGAGAGCUUUGUUAAAGAGGCAUGGGCCCGUGGACAAGCAAGUACCAAAACGACGCCUUUGAACAAGAAUAGCAAGAAAAAUAUAAGAUGGAAAGGCAUAGCAGACGAGUCAAAAAGUGUCACCUUUUUCCAGGGCACCCUUCAGGUUUUCAAUCCAGUUGAUCCCGUUAAAAAUACGACAUUACUUGGUCGAGUUGGCUACGUCCCUACUUCUGAUGACAGUGACUCAGCAUUCGACGUCGUGUGGUGUCAGUGGUGUCUUGGGCAUCUGAGCGACGAUGAUUUAGUCGACUUCUUACGCAGAAGCCGCAAGGCGUUUAGAGGGGAGCAGAGCUUGAUUGUAGUUAAAGAAAAUGUAUGCAGAGACGAUGACGACACCUCCCCAAGAACAGUUUUUGAUGAGCAGGACUCGAGUUUAACCAGGUCAGACCAGGCUUUCAAGAAGAUAUUCAGGGAUGCAGGACUUCGUCUAAUAAAAGAGAAAGUGCAAGAAGGGCUACCUGAAGGCUUAUAUGAUGUAAUGAUGUAUGCAUUGAGAUGAGAGUGGUUGGGAUAAAACCCUUGGUGUCAAACUAUGACGUUUCAAUAAAGACUACGCUCACCUCAGCAUUCAUGCGUUAAUACCAUGUAGCCAUUCGUGUAAAUUAGAUACAUACAGGAAAGAGGCUAUUCCAGGGACAGCCAACGUUUAUCGAACGUUUAUCCGUGACUACAUAUUUUCAGCUGUUCUUUGGUACGUUCAAUUUGCCACAAAAAUUACUAUCGAGACAUUAG